GUUCCUGGUCACUGGCUGCGAGACACUUGCGCUUGUGAGGAGUGUCGCCACCCCGAGACAGGCCAGCGCAACGUCAACAUAUUCAGACAGACUAUAGCCGGUGUGACUGUGGCAAGUGUAGACGCCUCGCAGUUGCCUGAGAAGGUUACGGUGUACUUUCAAGACGGACACAAGACAACACUCUCGGGUAGGGUUAUCUCGAAUCGACAGAGCUACGUUGCGAGGGGCUUCCGUGAGGCGAUGGUCGAUGUUGAGCCGUGGACAGCUAGCAUCGCGCAACGGCCGCCAAGCGCGGAUUAUGAGACCUUGAGCAACGACGACCAGAGCUUUGCACAGCUGCUUCGAUUGGUUCGCGUCCAUGGCUUCGCAUUCGUUGAUAACAUGCCGUCCACGCCCGAGGCUUCUAAAGCGCUGCUGGAGCAGAUCGGUCCUAUCCGCCAUACCCAUUAUGGGGGCUUCUACGACUUUACUUCUGACCUCUCCUCCAAGGAUACAGCAUAUACGAGUGAAGCACUUGAACCUCAUACAGACAAUACCUAUUUCACGGACCCCGCAGGCUUGCAGGCACUGCACCUUUUGUCACACACCGGUGGCGAAGGGGGCGAAAGCGUCCUGGUGGAUGGCUUCAACGUUGCCAAGCAGCUGUUCGAUAUGAACAAGGACGCUUACCACGUCUUGAGUGCCACUGGGGUUUACGCGCACGCCAGCGGCAACAAAGGCGUCAGCAUACAGCCUGCACAAGCCUUCCCAACGCUUGUCCACAGCGAGGAGUAUGCGAAGCUAAUUCAGGUUCGGUGGAAUAAUGCCGACCGUGCCAAUGUAGCGGCUUCCUGGGCACGUCUAGACCGGUGGUAUAACGCCGCUGCGAAGUUCAACGCUCUCAUUAAUGAUCCAAAGAACCAGUACUGGUUCCAGCUGAAGCCGGGACGCAUGCUGCUGUUCGAUAAUUGGAGGGUGUUGCACGGCCGGGCAGCCUUUACGGGCGAACGAAGGAUGUGCGGAGGGUACAUCAACCGAGAUGACUGGAUCUCGAAGUACCGC